GCACUGCGGGCCCUGCGCGCCCGGAGACAGGCCGAGAUGCGGCUGCUCCUGUUCGUGCCCCUCCUGCUGGCCCCGGCGCCCGGGUCCUCGGUGAGUGCCGCCCUGCUCGCUGCUCGGCCCGCCCCGCCCCGCCCCCCCCCCGCACAGCGAGGCGGGGGAAAAUCCCCCGCUCCCGGCGGCGAGGGGAAGUUGGUGGGAGAGGCGAGCCCUGGGACCACCCCCAGCUCUUUCAGAAAAAGGGGUGCAGCCUUGAAGCGGUCUGACCACGGGGUGCAGAGCUGCCCUCCCCGCUGCAGGACGCAGUGCGCAGGACUGGCAACUUCCCACCGCCGUCCUCCUUCCGAAGGUGCUGGGUGCACCCUAAUGCUGGGACCCCCACCUCCCCGGGGUGGCCUUCCAAGGUGGAAGGAAGGGGCGGGGGUGGUGCUGGCACCAGCCAAAGUGCAGGGCUAGAUGGCCCAUCCCAUCAUCUGCUGGGACCCAGUUGAGCUGCCCCUCAGCUUGACUGUGCUUAGAGGUCCCCCUCAACAGUGGGGAUUUAGCUCUAGAUAGAGCAGGGAUGGCCAAUAGAACUUUCUGAGAUGAUAAAAAAUGUUCUAAACUGUGCUGUCCAGUAGGAUAGACACUUGGUUCUGUGGCCACUGAGUCCAUGAAACGUGGCUAUUGCCACUGAAGAAUUACGUGUUUGAUUUGAUUUUAAUUAACCUAAAUAGCCACGUGUAGCUAACUGUUACCACAUUAUAGUGCAAAUUUGGAGAGUGGACACAGGAGUCAACUGGUGAUCAGAGUAGCUGUUUUGUUAACGGGGCCCAAAAGACGGGGCUCACUGGAGAACAAACCUGGAUCCUGAGGUUAUACAAGAAGUCUUCUAGAAGGCAGGACCCACCUCUGCGGAGGGGAGGGUCCAUAGAGGUGGGCUUUGUCCUGGAUGCUGCUCCUGGCAUUGACAGGAUGGAGGGCACAGAAGCAGCCAGGUGCCACCCUGCCCCUGGAGAGCUCUUCACAGGGGGAGCCCCUCAGCCCUGCCCACCCCUCUGUGAAGCGGGAGGUCCUUGGGGGAAGGCAAUGGAGAUGCUACACUGUGGAGUGUGAGUCAGGGAUGAGAGGGCUGCAGGGGCAGGCCGAGAUGGACGUCAGUGGUGCUCGGUGGGCAGGCCUUCAAAGCCCCACUGACCCAGCACCAGCCACAGUCAGAGCGGCAGGUGGGCUAGAGCCCCCCUUUCUCAUGUCCUCUCCAUCACCUGCCAGCUUCCCAGUCACCCCUGCCACCCCGUGGUCCUUGAGGUCCCUGGCACAGGCUUUCCCUGGUGCCCGGCUGUGUGAAGGCCCCCACUCAGGUGGAGGGGAUUGUGGUGCCAGCGUCAGGACCCCAGCAGGAAACCCAGGGCCACCCCCUAACUGCUGCUUGACCAUAAGCUUGACAGGCCUGAGAUUCCCUUUCACUGGGGGGUUAUAAUCCCCACCCUCAGGUUACUGUGCAGGUGGAAUGAGUCAAGGAGUACAAAACGCACUGGGUCCUCUUAGGUGCUUUCUGCCGUAGAAACAGCUGAGUAACCUUUCCCGGCGCCUUCCUCCCCGCAGCACGUGAGCUCAGGUGGGGCCGUGAACGCUCCUGCGCCCACGCCACGGCUCAGCUGCCCCCUCUUGCUGGCUCUGGCUGGGGGCCGAGCCCCCGCACGGUCUCUCUGAGCGCCGACAGCGGGGAGGGAGGAAUGACGUGCAGCUGCAGCCGCCCGCCGACCCGGCCUCACCGCCCCAAUCCUCUCUCGCACCCACCCCCGCACAGGGCGGCCCCGGGAACAGCACGGCAGGAAAGAGGGCCCCAGGCUGCCUUGGAGGGUGCGGGGACUCGGAGGAGGAGGGGCUGGGUGCGGAGGGCGGCGGGAGCAGGUGCGGACAGGCCAGCGGGAGGGCGGGCUGGCCGAGCUCAUUCCGGCGCCGCACAGCCAGCUCGCGGUUCGGGGAAUCACGGAGGAACAAAACGUGCCUGUGCUGCCCGUGGCUGCAGCCAAAUGUGCGUUCUUUCCUGGGAGAGACGGUGUGGAGGGCAUCCGGCUCGUAGCCCCUGCCCCCCACAAGUGGAUAUCUGCGUGGCGGGUGCUGGGUACAGGAGGCCAGGGCGUGUUGGUGAGGCUCCCAGCUCCUCAUGCUGAAAGCCGGCUGAGUCUGUUUGGGGCGCCUGGUGUUUUUGCUCUGGGAGAGAGAAUCCCAGGCUCCCAAGGCGAGGGAGGGGAAUGAUUUUAGGAAGGGGCCCUCUGGUAAGCCCGAGGGGGCUCUGAGUGCCGACUCACACUUCUGAGCGUGUCUUUUCCUCCAGGCUCCCAAGGUGAGGCGGCAGAGGGACACCUGGGGCCCCUGGGGCACCUGGAGCCCCUGCAGCCGGACCUGCGGAGUGGGCAUCAGCUUCCGGGAGCGCCCCUGCUUCUCCCAGAGGUAGGGGAGGCUGGGUGGGGCCAGCUUGUUAGAGGACAGGGGGCAGGCUGGUCAGGGGGCAGCUGGUCCUGGGCCUGGCAGAACCCACCGAACCAUGGGUUUGUUGUGAGAGCAGCAUGGAUGGAGUAUCAAAUCAUUUCCCACCAGUCUCUGAUUCCAACAAUCAGCCUUAUUUCAGGAGAGCUAGAGCUGUGCCUGCUUCCCCCACCCCCGAGUCUCCAGUUCCCAGUGCUGUCUGGCAUGUGCCAGGUGGAGUACAUUCUUGGUGAACGAAUGAACGAUCUUCAAUGCCUACCCUGUGCAGUUUCUCUCCCUUCGGCCUCUUUGUUAAGUAUAGAGGUCUCCCACUUUAAGUGAGGUAUUAAGCACCUACUGUGUGCCCUGCACUCUGAUAGGUGCUAGAGAAGGGUGGGGCGCAAAACAAGGGGGGUGGUGACCCUUUGCCUGUCAGUGGGUUGAACUCACUAUUCUGGAGAACCUCGUGUGAGGACAAGAACCAUGAGCUAUUACUCCAGCCACCGCAUACUCCUUAAAUGGCGGAAUGACCUUACCAGGAGGGAUGGGGGCUCCAGCUGCGUGGGCCCCGCCCGGAGCCACCGCUCUUGCCACACGGAGAGCUGCCCCGCAGGCACCAGGGACUUCCGGGCCCAGCAGUGUUCCCAGUUCGACGGCCAGGACUUCCAGGGAAGGCGGUACAAGUGGCUGCCCUACUAUGGAGCCCCGAACAAGUGCGAACUGAACUGCAUUCCCAAGGGGGAGAACUUCUACUUCAAGCACAGGGAGGCUGUCGUGGACGGGACGCCCUGUGAGCCUGGCACCCGGGACGUCUGUGUGGAUGGCAGCUGCCGGGUCGUCGGCUGUGACCACAACCUUGACUCCUCAAAGGAAGAGGACAAGUGUCUGCAGUGUGGGGGUGACGGCAUGACCUGCUACCCUGUCAUGGGCACCUUUGAUGCCAAUGACCUCAGCAGAGGCUACAACCAGAUCCUCAUAAUUCCCAUGGGGGCCACCAGCAUCCGCGUGGAGGAGGCGGCGGCCAGCAGGAAUUUCCUGGCGGUGAAGAGCGUGCGCGGCGACUACUACCUCAACGGGCACUGGACCAUUGGGGGCGCCUGGGCCCUGCCGGCGGCCAGCACCAUCCUGCACUACGAGCGCGGGGCCGAGGGGGACCUGGCGCCUGAGCGGCUCCUCGCUCGCGGCCCCACCUCCGAGCCCCUGGUCAUCGAGCUCCUCAGCCAGGAGCCCAACCCGGGCGUGCGCUAUGAGUACCACCUGGCCCUGGGCAGCCCCCCGCCCGGCUUCCGCUGGGGCCACGGCUCGUGGAGUGACUGCAGCGCCGAGUGCGGUGGAGGUCACCAGUCCCGCCCGGUGUUCUGCACCACUGACGACGAGGUAUACCCCGACCACAUGUGCCAGCAUCAGUUGCGGCCGGCUGACCGCCGCUCCUGCAGCACUCACCCCUGCCCGCAGACCAAGCGGACCUCUUACCUGCACCGGCCCAGAGCGUGGCACCUUGCUGGGGCCCAGCGUGCGUGCAGGAACAGCUGGAAGACAGGGCCCUGGUCGCCCUGCUCGGCCUCCUGUGGUGGUGGCUCCCAGUCCCGCUCUGUCUACUGCGUCUCGUCUGAUGGGGCUGGCGUCCAGGAGGCCGCUGAGGAGGCAGAGUGUGCAGGCCUGCCUGGGAAGCCCCCCACCAUGCGGGCUUGCCACCUGCAGCGCUGUGCAGCCUGGAGGGCAGAGCCCUGGGGAGAGUGCUCUGUCAGCUGCGGUGCUGGCGUCCGGAGGCGGAGCGUCACUUGCCGGAGUGAGGAGGGGUCUCUGCUCCAUGCUACAGCGUGCUCCUCGGAGGACCGCCCCCCCGUCACUGAACCCUGUGUGCGUGAAGACUGUCCCCCCAUCCAUGACCAGGCCUGGCAUGUGGGCGCCUGGGGCCUAUGUUCCAAGAGCUGCAGCGAGGGGACUCGGAGGCGCCAGGUCCUCUGUGCCCUCAGGCCGGCCAGCCGCUGCGGGAGCCUGCAGCUGUCCAAGCCCGGGGAGGUGGAGCCCUGUAACUCACAGCCCUGCCAUCUUCCUCCAGAAGUCCCCAGCAUGCAGGACGUGCACGUCAGCUCCAGGGAUCCCCGGAUGUCUUUGGGCCCUCAGAUGGCCCCCACCUCAGAUUCCAGAGACCAGUGGUGGCUCCCCCAGGAGCAACCCUCAGUCCAGGGUAAUCCCAGAAGAGCCCAGGGCCUUCACCUGCCAGGCCUAGCCCCCUCUCUGCCACAGUCCCCACACCGGCAGCCCCUGCGGUCUGGCUUGGCACCCCAAGACUGCAGACAGAGCCCCUAUGGGUGCUGCCCUGAUGGCCACACCAUGUCUCUGGGGCCGCAGCGGCAGGGCUGCCCUGGGACCUCAUGUCAGCAGAGCAGGUACGGGUGCUGCCCCGAUGGGGUGUCUGUGGCUGAGGGGCCCUGGCACACUGGCUGCGCAGGGUCUUACACCAGUGACAACGUGGGGCGAAGGCCGGGGUCAAGAGCAGUGGCUUUCUCAGCCCCCACGGCCCACCAGCCCCAGGCUCAGCAGAACGAGCCCCCUGAGUGCCGGGGCUCCCAGUUCGGCUGCUGCUAUGACGGGGUGGCCACUGCGGCCGGCCCUCUGGGGGAAGGCUGCGGGGGCCAGCCCAGCUACGCCUACCCUGUGCGGUGCCUGCUGCCCAGCGCCCACGGCUCCUGCGCGGACUGGGCCGCCCGCUGGUACUUCGUCCCCUCUGUGGGCCAGUGUAACCGCUUCUGGUACGGCGGGUGCCACGGCAACGGCAAUAACUUUGCCUCUGAGGAGGAGUGCAUAAGCAGCUGCCGGGGGCCGCACGCUGGGCCCCGCUGGCCCGAGCCGGGGGCCUCUGGCCCGAGCACCCGCGCAGAUGGUGGCGGCAGCCGUCCUGGAGGCCAGCUGGAGGCCAGCUGGCCCAGGACGGGGGCCACAAUCCAGACGAAGCUCUUGCCUUCCGGUGGCCUCGGGUGGCGAGACCAAGAGCCUGGGGCGUUUGGAGAACGGCCCUGGGGCGGGGAGCUCUGGCCCCCAACCCCUGGCCUGGGCGGAGAUGCGGGGCGACCAGUGCCGCCCUCCCACAGCUCCCCCUACAGGGUCAGCUUGGCAGGCCCGGAGCCGUCCCUGGUGCAGGCCCCCCGGGGGCAGUUGGUGCAGCUCCUCUGCCAAGAUGACAUGCCCCUGGAGCCCCACGCCAGGUGGCAGAAAGACGGGCAGCCCAUCUCCUCCGACAGGCACAAGCUGCAGCCUGAUGGCUCCCUGGUCAUCAGUCCCCUGCGGGCAGAGGAUGCUGGCAUCUACAGCUGUGGCAGCGGCCGGCCAGGCCGUGACUCUCAGAAGAUCCAGCUUCGUGUCACAGGGGCUGAUGUGGCCGUGCUACCUGAGGCUGAGCCAAGGCACUUCCCUCAGACCAGGGACCCAGUCCAGGGCCAUAGUCCUCGGGACUCCAGCCUAGUGGGGGACAGAGGAGGCUUAGGGGCCAUCUCCUCCUUGCAACCUCGGCCCACGACCAGGCUGCUUCUGGACAGGAACCAGCCUGGGGUGGUGGACGCCCGACCAGGCCAGCAGAUCCAGUUGACCUGCCAUGCUGAGGGCUUCCCACCCCCAGCCAUUGAGUGGCAGAGAGAUGGGCAGUCCCUCUCUUCCCCCAGACACCAGCUGCAGCCCGAUGGCUCUCUGGUCAUCAGCCAUGUGGUUGCACAAGAUGGUGGCUUCUAUGCCUGUGUUGCUUUCAACGGGCAGGACCGAGACCAGAGAUGGGUCCAGCUCAGAGUUCUGGGCCUAGGGGAGCUGACCAUCACAGAGCUGCCCUCUACUAUGAUGGUGCCAGAGGGGGACACGGCCAGGCUGCUGUGUGUGGUGACAGGAGAAAGCGUAAACAUCAGAUGGUCCAGGAACGGGCUGCCGGUGCAGGCCGACGGGCAUCGCGUCCACCAGUCCCCAGAUGGCACGCUGCUGAUCCACAACCUGCAGGCCAGAGACGAGGGCUCCUACACGUGCAGUGCCUACCGUGGAAGCCAGGCAGUGAGCCGCAGCACCGAGGUGAAGCUGGUCCCGCCAGCACUGCCCGCCCAGCCCAGGGCCCUGAGCAGGGAGUGUGUGGAUCAGCCUGAGCUGGCCAACUGUGAUCUGAUCCUGCAGGCCCAGCUCUGUGGCAAUGAGUAUUACUCCAGCUUCUGCUGUGCUAGCUGUUCCCGCGUCCAGCCUCACGCUCAGCCUGUCCGGCGGCAGGGAUGAAGGCCAGCCGCGGCCCCAGUCCUGAAACAACUCCUGGUCCGUGGCCUCUGGCUGCCAAAGGGCUCUACCCUUCAGAGAAUGGGCCUCUCAGCCCGCAGCGCCCCGCCGUGCCUCGGCAGCCGCUGGCACCACAGCUCGCUGGCACGAGGAGUCGGCUUGGAUAAGGACACCCUUUACGGCUUCCCUCUAUCAUCUAUCAUACAGGAUCAAUUCACUGGGUUCUAAAGCAAGCUACCAGGGUUCUCGAUUCAUUUAAAGCUGGGUGGGGAGGUGUGUAAUGGUUUUAGAGUUAACCUGUAUCUCACACGGGGCACACUCAUUCCUGCCGUGUCAGGCCAUUUUUCCCUGCUAGAACUCCCAUCUCCUCUAGGGUCAAACAGUGGUUCACUGCUCUAGUCAACCUCACCCUUCCAGGCAGUGUGGCAAUCAGCUUCAACUGCCACCUGUACGUCCAGUUAAUGGCAUGUUUGUGAAAGCUCUUGCCAAAGUGGAAUAUGGCACGUAAGGCUCAGUACACGAUGUGGGACGAAGGAGCAUCAGGUGAUGAUGGGAGCAUGCCAGAAGUGGGGGCGCUCCUUACUUUCCUCAGGAAGCUAGUGCCCAAAGCCCUCCUCCUAAGGCCAACAUGCAGAGCCUGGUUGUGAGGAUCACCUCACCCCUGCAGCAAGCUGACCUGCUAUGUACAGUGACUAGCUGGGAGCCUCUCCUCCCCAAGCAGGAAUCUGUGAGGCAGAGCCAGACUAUUAAAAACAGGCAUCAGCAGGAUAGGGGAACAAAGGAGGGGAAGGCAAUACAUUAACAACGAAGUAGUUUCAGAAAUGGUUUGAGUAGGAAGAAGUCCUUCUCCAUCUCUCAGAACCUCCAGUUCCUCGGUGCUAAACAAGAGGCCUGGAUUCAAUGAGCUUCCAGGUCCCUUUCCACUUCAACCUACACAUCCUCAGAGGACUGGCUGGAUCUAAGUGACAGGUUAUUCUGGGACAUAAGAAAGACAGGCAUUACAGGGAAAACUUUUACUACCAACACACUGGUUGGAAAAGAGACAAACUGCAUCAUGGCUGAGUGAUACUUCUUGGUCUCUCUCUCAUUCAACAAAGGAAACAUGGGUUAGGGGCACAGGUAUUUUUUUCUUUCCACUUAAAAAAAUACAGAGGCGGAUCCCCUUUCAUUUACCAUGGCUGGGUUUGCUAUACAAAUUGGAAACUAAGGGCUACUUUCUUGGACUCCCCAGUUCUUGCCAAUUGGCAACACCAUUCAGAAGGUAAGUUUGAGGUUAGCUAGCUCUUCUCAGAACUAGUCACACAGUAGUGGGCUAAGGUUACAGGAAAGAGUAACACUCAAGCUAGACCAGUGGUUCUCAACCCUCUUCCAUAUUGGGAACUUGAAAAACAAAAACCAAAACAACCUGGGGUCCUCCCCCAACCACUAUGACUUAAUUGGCCUGGAGUAUGGGCCAGUGUGAGGAUUUUAAAAGUUCCCCAGGUGAUUCUAGUAUGUAUCCAAGGCUGAGACUCACCGCUCCAGCAGGACCCUUCAGAAGGUGAACCUUGGUUCCAGUGUAUUUUCUGAUGACUAGGCUGGGGGUGGGGAGGGUGGUGCUGAGAUUCUGUACCUCUACUCAGCUCCUAGGUGCAGUCCAUGCUCCUGUUCCAGACCACACUUUGAGCAGCAAGAAUCUGACAUCAGAGAUAUGCUUAGGGUCAACCAAAGCCUAGAGUAGAAACACAAAAGUGAAUUUUAAGCAUAUACUAGUCCUGGUGGGCAAAAGAGACGAAGGGGAUUAAUCCAGAGGUACAAUCUUCCAGUUAUAAGUCACAGAGAUGAAAAGUCUAACACAGGGAAUAUAGUCAAUAAUACUGUAAUAGCAUGAAUGGUGACAAAUGGUGACCACACUUAUUGUGAUGAGCACUGCAUAAUGUAUAGAAUUGUUGGAUCAAUAUGUUGUACACCUGAAACAGUAACACUGUAUGCCAAUUAUACUUCAAUAAUAAAGAAUAUACUAGUCCCAAUAAAAGAUUUUCUAGCCACCAAACCAGAGUUCUGUAGCAGCAGCAGAACGGAGCAAGAACAGACCAAAAAGAACUAAAAGUAAACACAUUUGCUAAUAAAGAAAAGGGGAAAGACCAGCCCUUCAUGGGCAAAAGCUUCUACCACGAACAUUUAUUUUUGUUAAAGCAGAUUAUAAAUUCUCAUCAGUACAAAUAUAUAUAACUUACAUUUGAUUGUAAGGCCAACGUUCAAAAGUAAGAAUGAGAUGGGACCUCACGUUGUUACCAGAGGUCAAGAGGCCGCCACUGGCAACGGGACGUUCUGCUCACCACGUGGGGGGACAGACGCACACACAGCUAAUAAAACUAGAAUCUCCAUCCCCACAAAACUCGUGGGGACAAAACCUAAAGGACAAAACAAGACCCACAUGACAAACCAACACAGUAGCCUGCGCUCCCCAUUGAGGGAUGUGAUUCUGUCAUUGUCACCUUAGUGUUAAGUAGAGGAUUAACAUAAACUGCAGCAGUAUAUGAAAGAAGAUGCAUAUUCUCUAUAGAGUAUUUAGACUGAUUCCAUUAAAAUAAUGACAUUAGAAUUUCAUCACAGGUUUAAAACCAGGACAAUACUGCUCUUUCGUUUUCUUUAAAACUACAACCUAGUGACUGUAUUGGUCAUUUGCAUGAUUGUUGCUGCAAUGUGCUACUUACAAUGAAUGAUACCAGAUAAGCUAGGGACCCCAUCUGCAACUCCCAACCUUUCCUCUCUCCGCUUCAAUAGGCAUCACUGAUAAAUCAAUCUUAUGUACAAUUUCUUACAGCUAACCCUUUUACCUUUGGUAAGAUUACUUACAACUCACACAACUUUUUAAUAUUGAGAACUAUUUAAAAUAUUCUAAAUGCAUAAAAAUAAAGAUUUUGGCUUUUUUUUGAUAUA